AUGCGAUACCCUGUCAUGUGCCUGGCAUGUCUUCUGAUUGUUACAAUGUGGUUGGAAGGUGGUGUCAGCAAGAGUUUGGUUGAUUCGGGGACCACCUGCUGCUAUGAAUUCCAGACGAAGAAGUUUUCAUACUCACACAUCAAAAGCUAUGAGCUCACUAGCUCUUCCUGCUCCUACAAGGCUGUGAAAUUUACCCUGAGGAGGAAAGGCAAAAUAAUCUGUGCACGUUUUGAAGAAAAAUGGGUUCAGGAUUACUUGAAUAAAAAGAAAAACUCAAUUAAAAGCCACAUUUGA